AUGAACAAUGUUUCCACCCCGACCACGCCGGCGGACCCUCAUCGUACUUCCCGCGAUCAUCAAGAGGACGACCCCGACGGCCCGGCACUGUCCGCCGUGUCCGAGCAGAGCCAUGAUGGCGAUGACGAUGACGACCACGCCACUACUCAGAACCCCUCGCUCUCCAAGGCGGCGAAGGAUGGUCUUACCAAGAAGCUGCAACUCAUGAUACACCUGAGUGUCAGCUUGGAUACUGUGGUGUAUGCUGAGCUGUGUGCGCUGUACUAUAUGGAUUGUUCAUUCUUCCGAUUAAUGAUACGAUGGGUAUCCCAAGCCUUGUUCAUAAGCCCCAAAGCCGAAGACACCAUUCUCAUUAUACCCAACUAUCACGUCUCUGCGAUUAUCGGCCCGAAUGCUCUAUGCAUCUUGAUGCACCUCCUUACAUCGUUACCCCAAGCUGGCGAAGCUAGUCGAGGCUAUCUCCACGGUGGCAUACUCUUCGACUUCAUUGGACAGAAAGCGCCGACGUCCAGACUUUCUCUCCUCAUAUUGGAUUUCCUGAUAUUUGGCCUACAAUGCUUUAUGUUAACUGUGAAUAUGGAGAAAGAGAGAGUGCGUAAGGUAGUAAAGCCUAGGAGGUUAGCCGAUAGCCCCGAGGGUAUUACAACAGAAGCCACAACAGGUCAGGAUCAUGAUGCGGAAGAGCGUGGAGUUUUGCGGGAUGCGCCUGUGGUGGACGAGACUCACGAUAUCGAAAUGCAAUCAUUAGGAGAUGUGAAUGGUAGUAGUGGUCGUCAUGACGGAGAAGAGAGGUCCGGCUUAUUGAGGCGGACGACUGUCUCGACAGCUGAUCUCGAGGGUCUAGCCGACACGUUACGAUCUGGGAACGCUGUACUAGCCACCUAUAACGUUCGACAAUCGGUUCGGACAGCCUGGCAGACACCGGCGAGUUCACCGGAAAGUGCGGCGGCUUACGCUAUACAAAAUGUCGGAUACAAUGCGACGCUUGCGGCUUUAGCAGCGCAGAGGAGAGCAAGACUAGCCGCUGCAACACAACCAAGACAAUCGUAA